CUCUGAAUAAAAAAAUGCGUAUAUAAUUGUUAAAUGGUGCAACCAUUAAAACGAAGCCAACUACUACUCUAAAAUCGCGUUCCACCCUCACUUUUCAGUUCUCACACCCAAACAGAAAUGGCUUGUCUUCAAUUCCUUCCGCAAGCGCUAUCAGAAACCCCUUCCAAACUGCUUCACCGCCGAUUCCAUCGCCACUGCCUCGUUGCUAAACGCACCUCUCUCAGCGGCUCCAACCAAUCUGGGGACUCGCUUCAUUCUAAAACUCAAGUGUCUCGUGUUCCGCUUUUGACUUCCUCGGAGGCCUAUGAAAGGCUAAAAACGUUCAGAGGAAAGAUAAAUGGCAAGCAACAAUUCCUUGCCAUGUAUUCUAGUAUAUUUGGUGGGAUAACAACAGACCCAGCUGCUAUGGUUAUUCCCAUGGAUGACCACAUGGUCCAUAGGGGCCACGGUGUAUUUGAUACUGCAGCAAUAGUGGACGGAUACUUAUAUGAGCUAGAUCAACACCUUGACCGCUUUUUAAGUUCAGCAUCCAUGUCUAAAAUAGAUCCCCCAUUUGAUCGUGGAAGCAUACGAAGAAUACUCAUAGAAACUGUAAGUGCUUCCAAGUGUAGAAAAGGGUCACUAAGAUAUUGGCUCUCAGCAGGACCUGGUGACUUUCAGUUAUCACCCUCUGGCUGCCACCAAUCAAGUCUUUAUGCAGUAGUAAUACAGGAUCUGUCACCAUCGUCGCUUAAUUUCAAGGGAGUUAAAGUCAUUACUUCAUCUAUCCCCAUUAAAGACCCCCAGUUUGCUAUCACUAAGAGUGUGAAUUAUCUUCCAAAUGUGCUCUCAAAGGUGGAAGCUGAAGAAGCUGGUGCUUUUGUGGGCAUUUGGCUUGAUGGGGAAGGUUUUGUUGCUGAAGGGCCUAAUAUGAAUGUGGCUUUUGUCACUAAAGAGAAGGAACUUAUAAUGCCUUACUUUGACAAAAUUUUAAGUGGCUGCACCGCUAAGAGAGUUUUAACCCUUGCUGAGAGUUUGUUAAGGGAGGGUAAGCUUAAGGGAAUAAUGGUGAAAAAUGUGACUGUUGAGGAAGGUAAGAAAGCGGAUGAAAUGAUGCUUCUUGGCAGUGGAGUUCUUGUUUGCCCUGUAGUGCAGUGGGAUGAGCAGGUUAUUGGUGAUGGUGAGUGCUUUAUUUUUACCAUCUGCACCAAAGAAUGAUAUGAUUUAAUAUAUGCAAUCAAGUAAAUUCUAUGUAUGCUUUUCAAAGGUUUUUCUGAGGCCUGAGUUUAGAUGAUUCUAUUCUUUUUGUUUCUUGUUAUUCUGUUCUUUAAAGUUGUGACUGGGAUGCAUAUUCUUUCCUGUUAGUAUUUUCCAAACAGACUUGUAUUUAUUUUAUUGCUGAUUUGUGAGCUUCUGAUAAUAAUAGUAAAUGUUGGAUUCUACUUUCUAGAAU